AUGGAUUACACAAUAACCGUUGUCUUCCCUAACGACGCCGAUGCCCAAUACGAUAUCAAUUACUACACCAACUCGCACAUGAGAUUGAUUGAGAAACAUUGGUCAAAGUAUGGUCUCAAAGGCUGGUCCGUCACAAAGUAUGUUCCAUCUUUAGACGGUACAGCCCCUGUGUAUGCAUUUGGCAGCCAGGUCUAUUGGGAGAAUGAGGAGGGCAUGAAGAACGCGUUCCAAAGUGCCGAGGUCGCGGAGAUUAUGCAAGAUGUUUCUCGCUUCAGCAACAAGCAACCAAUUUUCUUGGUUGGCCAGAUAGCAAAGCCUGCCUUUGAUUUGUGA